AUGAAGACCAACUCCUGUCAACUUGCCAGUGCCCAGACAUCACGACCAGCUAACUCUGGUAGUAGUCGAUUCCCGCCUCAACAUCAGGAGCUUGCGGAUGAAUCGUCUCGUUUGUACCAGGUCGCAAACGUUACAAAGAAACUCAGUACCAGAAGAAGUACCUCGCCAGCGAGGUGCAAACUAUCCGUAGAUAUAUUAGCGGACAAGACUGAUAGAAAUUGA